AUGCCGAAACAGGCUAUAACCACGCGGAUAAAGUCGCACACGCGGCUGACAGAUCAGUACCCCUGGGUGGAGGUGGUCCUUAGACUACUCGGCGCGUGUGGAACAACUAUUCUGUUCGGCAUCCGCUUGGUCAUCGCCGAGUUCCUGUUCGGCAUCAUGGCCUGGGCACCAGUGAGAGCCGCUGGGGCGCUGCUGGCGGCGGUGCCCUUGGUCUACACGGGACGGAGCAAUUUUCAAAACCUCAUCAGCUGCAAAAGCACGGCAGAGGCCCUGGUGGAGUUCUCCAAACUUCUGGGCAUGAGCGGGCCUUUCAUCUGGUUCGCCCUUCGUUGUCUCGACUGGGAGCUCGGGGUGCGAGCAAUGGUUGGUGCCCUUUCCUUCAACCUCCUAGUGCUGCUGGUGAGACUGGCUCUGAGCCAGAAAAACAGCAAAGCACCGGAGAAGGAGGAGAAGAAGAAGUCUUCCAAGAAAUCGUGA